GACAUCUUAAACACAAGACACAACUUCUUCGCAAACACGAUCCAUUCUUUCUGAAAUAGUUCCGAAAAUCUGCUUCAACUAUGGCCUAUCGUUGCUUCUCGUCCUUUAUCUUUCCACUUAUUUGUGUCACUCUCUCAGUGAUUAGCAGCAGCGGAGAUGGAGCACGCCAGCUCCUGGAGACAAAACUGCCUGAGAUACCUCAACUCCCUAAGCUUGAAAUACCUGAGCUUCCACCACUGCCUAAAGUUGAACUUCCACCAUUACCUCAUAUUCCAACUCUGCCUGAAUUUCCAAAGCCUGAAGUUCCAAAAAUACCAGAGGUGCCUCCUUUUCCCCAUCUGCCUGAAGUUCCAAAAAUACCAGAGGUGCCUCCUUUUCCCCAUCUGCCUGAGUUGCCUAAACCUACACUUCCUCAAAUUCCACCUCUUCCCAAGGUACCCUCUGUUGACCAUCCUUGAAUCCUUCUUCAAUAGGAUUGAAUUCUUGGAUAUGCAGUAGACAUUGUUGUUCGUCUCGCGUCUAUAUAUUGUCCAGGGAGUACAUAAUAUAUAUAUAUGUGAUUCAUGUUGUUGAGAUUGAUAUUGUAUCAGUACUGUUUCUGUUGGAGUUUGAUAUUGUAUCAGUACUGUUUCUGUUGGAGUGUGUACUCGUUGUAUUUCACUCAUGGUUAUUGAUGUUAUCGAAAUUAUUAUAUAUAUAUAUAUAU